UUCCCUCCCGUGCCUCAGUGCCCCGGGGUGGGGCAUCCCCGGCGGCGGGGCACCCACCGGGGGUGGCCUUGGCACAGCGCCGGUCCUGAGCCGGCAGCUCCGCAGUUGCGCUUCUCGCGGCUCCCAUCGCCCGGCUGCAGCUCCCGAGGAGCCAGAAGGGACCCCCGAGAUCCAGAAAGGACCCCCGAGAUCCAGAAAAGACCCCGAGAGCCACCUCUGCUCCCGCCCCGCAUCCCUGCGGCUUUCUCAGGGGUGAAGAUGAGUGCUGAAGAGAUUCUGAUGUGUGCAGUAGAACUUGGAAAAAAUUUCUGCCUCUAUUUUGACGACGACGAUGAGCUGGAGUGUGAUGCCCUCUGCAAGGAGAAGACCCUGCACCGAGUCCUGAGGAAUGUGAAGAGCCAGCUGCUCGUGGUGCGCCCAGACCUGAACGUGGCAGCCUUUGAGGAUGUGACAGACCAGGAGAUGCAAUCUGGCAAAGGGAUGCAUUUCAGCAUUCACUGCUACAAAACCACCACACCCUUAGCAGGAAUGCCCGUGGCCUUCAGUGUCCAAGUGGAAGACAAAAGUUAUUACAUGUGUUGUGAGAGGGAAUGUGGAGAAAUGAUCGUUAGAUUCAAGGAAGGAGAAGUUCCCAAAGAAAUUCCUGGUGAAAGCAACAUCAUCUUUUUCAAAAAGACAUUUACAUCUUGCUGCUCCAAAGCAUUUAAGUUUGAAUACUCAAUGGAACGAGGAAUGUUCUUGGCCUUUGAGGAAGAAGGCUACUUGAGAAAAUUAAUCCUAAAGAAACUGUCAAAAGAUGAAGUGGAUGAAACCAUGAAGAUGAGUUUAUCUAAGUUCAGUCAGAAUGAAAAUCACAACCUAUGAUGGAACACUUCAACAGUUUUAAAAUACAGUUUGUUUUUUUAUAAAAGAAACUUUAGUCUUCCUUUAUCCAAAACAAGUCAGUUUUAUGUUUUAACUACUCUCAGUACUUAAUAAAAAAAUAAAUGCAAGUUCUUGGCAAAAAGCAGAAUGUUUUCCAGUCAGACAGAAGAGAAUUACUGAAGAAACAAGAAUGUGCAUGUCUAUGUAGAAUUUGAUCCCAAAAAUCUUUAAUGCCUGUUGACCAAACAGCUUUUGAAUUAGGUUUGGACUUUUACAUUUCCAAUACUCCCAGAUUUCUCACCCAAGUAGCUUAAACACCACAUCCAGCUGCAUCCUGUGUGAGGAAACCUCAGAUACUUUCCAUGAGAGACCCUCAGCUUGCCCACAGGGACUUUCCUGUGACUCAUCUGCACCCUCCUUCUCCCUGCCACAAAAUAACAAAUGUUGGCAUUUAAACCAGACCACAGCCCUGUUCUGACCACAACACAAACAAAAAAAUUGGCCAGCUACCUGCUUUUGCUAAUAAAUAAAAUUUCCAAUCCGUAUUUAAAAAAAAAAAUUUAAAAAAUUUAAAAAAAAAUAAAAUCAGAAAGUCUUGUAGACUCCAAACCGUGACGUGGUCGUUCUGUUUGUUGCAUAAUCCCUGAUGGUAGCACAAAUCCUCUUCCUCUCACUAUUAAUAGUGCCACAAAAGUACUGUGAGAAUGUUAAAGUCAGGAUGAAGCAGAAAAUUAAAAACCACAAUCUCAGUUCCCCCCUAAAAAAUCCCUAAAAGAACAGAACACUCCCUCAGCCUCCUCUUUGUUGUGUUUUCUCACACAGGACAACACAGACCAGAGUAUUUAGAAAAUAAACCUCAAAAGAAGUGUUGAAGAUGAACAUAAAACCCUUGGAAGUUGAAUGUUCCUAAAGUCAAUCUGCAAAAGUAUUUUUAUUUUACACCAAUCCUUGUUGUAUUUUCUAAGGGAUAUUAAUUAUUCUUGUAUUAAGUCAAGUCUAAGUCACCUCUAAGUAUUGACUCAUACAAAGAUUUUUUGUUUUAUGAAAUAAGGCAGAGCAGACUUAUCUGCAGAGAAAAUAUUUUAGGCCACCCACAAGCAGUAAAAAUGGUUCAGAAGCACACACAGAAUUUCUGUAAAUUCUUUAUUGCAUGGAUUAAGAAAAAAAGUAUUCCCUUCUCUACAUCAACUCCCCAGGUCCAAAGAGUUACAGGGUCUGCCUUACACACUGAUGU